GUCAAGGCGCGCCUAGGCCAGCCUGCAGUGGCCGACGGUCUCAUCACGCGGACGCACGCGAACGGUAACCUUGAGGCUGACCAGCAGACGAAAGAAGGAGCCCAGUUGGUCCGAGCCAGGCCUGGGGACACCCUCACACUGGAGGGAUGCCACCACAUGGCGAAGCCUGCACGGCAGCUUGCUGGCACGCGGGAGGCGAUGCUGAGCGAGAGAACAGUCCUUGACAGCGUGGCCGUGGAGCUCCUCGGGCUCCUUGACCCUUGA